UUCAGGUUUAUGGUUGAUUCCUAGCAGUUCGCCACGAAGUUGACAUGAUGGAGAUUUCUGCUCACCAAAAUCAUUCGAUACCGUCAUUUCAACGGUAUACCCAAUGCGAAGAUGAACCAAAUUUGAAGUUCAAUGAUGCUUGUAUAAAUGACUACGAUUACCACAACGAUUUUAUGAACUGUGGGAAUGAAUGUUCCUCACUGGGUCACUCUGCCGUUCCAUCUUAUGAAGAUGAUAUCGAUGAAAACUCCGAUGAUUCUGAAGAACUGGAUGAGUCUAGCGGAUCACAGUUGGGUAAAACCAAGAGCGGAUGCCUUGAGUUCACAGCAUCCACUGAAAUGCUACGAAUACGGUUUCCCUUCCAAUCGAUUAGUGUACGAUUGUCAGAUUUUCUUUGUUUGCAAGAAAAUGAUCUGCUCAACGACACCAUAGUGGAUUUCUAUCUCAAUCAUGUUGUUGAGCACGUUCUUCCCGACGAACCAAGCAAACGCAUCACCGUUCUUCCAUCGGUUUUCUGGCACAAUCUUUCUAUCCUUCAGUGUGGAGUCAUGGCAGAUGAAGCUAACGCUACGCUCUCCGGUGAUCAGCUGCUGGAUGCUCGAUUCGGCGAUGUUUUGGAUUUUGUGGAAGAGUUCGAUUUCAUUGAAGUCGAUUACAUCAUUGUGCCAGUCAAUGAAUGGGAACAUUGGUCGUUGGUAAUCGUAUGCUAUCCUUUUACACCACGUGCGAGGAUGGUUUGUUUUGAUUCGCAGCUUACUGACGAUCUCAACAACUUACAAAACAUUGCUGAUCUGUGCGAUGAAUUUCUCAAGUACGUAUGGAUGCGACGCCGUAUGUAUGAACUACCAUCAAAAGAACGGAUGCGUUGCAUAAUACCGGAAAACCUACCGCAACAGGGUAACAACUUUGACUGCGGUCUUUUCAUCGUCGAAUUCGCGCGUAGAUUCCUUCUUGCACCUCCAGUCAAUCUGGAUAACUUUGAUUUCACCGCCGAGUAUCCAGACUUUACGGUCAGAGAUAAGCGAUUGGAUAUUCAACACGCAGUUUUAUCACUUUGUUCAAAUCUCUUUGCUCAGUUACGGUGUUUGCUGUCGUCCUGUUAG